CACCAUAAUUCCAAUUCGCUUCUGUAUGUAACUUCACGUCCGUCUCCACUCUCUCUGUGAAAAGACAAAAUCAGCUCCCACUACUGAAACAGAGGCAGCUACAGACUACAGCUAGCUGCUUCAUUCCUUUUGGUUUUUUGCUUUUCCACGUGUCCUUUUCUGAUACGAAACUCUGCUACAUGCAUUAAAUGUAUAAAACUUUUCUGAGAUUUCUUUAGUUUUUGGUUUUUGUUUCACAGUAUGGUUCUUAAUUUAUGUUUGAAAAAAUAGUAUGAUCAGAGCCUUUUGUUCUUGUUUAUGCAAGGUUCACGUUGCUGAUGUUUUAGUUCUUCAUAUGGCCUGUUGGUAUCGAAUCUCUAAUUUUUUAUAAAGUCAUUCUCAAGAAAAUGUUAGGAAAAGUUGGACAAAAGUGUAAAAUGCAGAGUGCUCUAGAUUCAUUGCAAUACAGCUCAAAGACACCGAAUGCGAGUGCAAGCAUCUUUCGACAGGAGCCAGAACAGGUCGUAGGCGGUGCCUCUGAUUAUUUUGCAUCAGAGGAGGAAGCCAUAGGUGUGGAACAUCUAUUAGCAGAACCUGAGUAUGAUGAUAUAGUUGAUACUCUUCUAGAUCUUAAGACAUGUACAUUCAGUGUUCCAGAGAGCUACUUUAAGGAUUUUUCAGCUCUAGAGUCUGUUGAUCAUGAUGCACUUCCCACAACUCUUACCGAAGUGGAUGAAACGAGGGAGAAGCUUCUUGAUGGAUUUUCAAACGGAUAUGACGAAAAUUAUUGCUCCAUUUCAUGUGAAGAUUACCUUUUGGAUAUUGAAGUUGAGGAAGAGACUCCCACUCUCCAUGAUGUCGAUAUAUCCUAUAUUGAAGAUGUGAAUUUGGAAAACCAGCUUGCUGGUUCAGAUGGAAAAAAUUGUGGCAUUGAUGUGUUAAAGUUGUCUGAUGCAAGAAACUCAUCUGAUUAUGAUUCUCUGCUGUUAGACAAUCGCAAUUGUCUGCAAUUUGAUGACAUGUCAUCCGAUAAACUACUCGAGGUGUUCAGGAAGAUGUUUGGACAUCAAACUUCUGUCACGGAUAAGCAAUGGCUGAAGCACCACAUAACAUUUGGUUUGCAAAACCAGGACAUGAAAUGUUCUCUAGUUUCGAGUGAAAUUGAAGGGGCUAAAGUCCUCCCACCAGAAAGUCGUGAAGAGCUCCUUAAAGCAUCUACUGCCUUUGCAAGUGUAUUCAAUUUCCGAAAAAAGCCAAGGGUUCAACAUGUGAAAAGGAGAGAACAUAUCCAAUGGAAUUCCUUCAAAUGCUUAUCUGAGGCACAAGUUGAUUCUUCUGGCAUUCUUUCUGACCAGUCGAAUGAUAAUACUACAUCUGAAGAUGAUUGGACUAUAGGGACUGAGACCCCAGGCACUAACCAAAACAGAAAACAUAACUAUUGGUCAACACCUGAGGUCCUAAAGUUGGUGGAUGGUGUAUCUAAGUAUGGUGUAGGCAGAUGGACUGACAUAAAGAGGUUAUAUUUCCAAUCAUCUGCGCAUCGUAGCCCACCUGAUCUGAAGGACAAAUGGCGGAAUCUUCUGAGGGCUAGCCGCCAAUGUUUGAAGAGCCGGAGAGGGGUCGCGGCAAAGCAGAAUCAUGGUUGGUCCUCAAUUCCUCACCAUGUGUUGAAUCGUGUUCAGGAGCUUGCUGUCAUCUAUCCAUAUCCGAGGAAACGUAGAGCAAGAGUUUUGCCAACAGUAUUUGUUGCCUCUUCUUCAACAGAGUCUGAUAACCGGUGCUUCUCUUUGAACGCGUAGAAUGCAUUGAAGAUCGCAUACUCCAUUAGAUACCAAGAUAUACUAUACAAGAAGGAUUAUACCUAUGCAAAAAGAUUACAUACAUUUGAAAGAAAUAUUCCUAAUAUUUUUGUAAGUUACUAAUUUGGAGCUGAUACAAGUUCAAGCUAGAGACAGAGCUUACAGAUUGUAGUUAAUUUUGUUCUAGUUUAAAAUCGUUUUGUCAGAAUGCUUAUCAACAUUUCCAGGACUGAAGAAAGUGGUUGCAGUUAUCUUUGUUGAUUCAUGUA